AUGAUACACAGGGCCCCGAAAGGACUCGGGGGUACGUUGACGUUCCGAAACCGUAGUAGUAAACGAAAAGGGGGAAACAGGCCUCUUUCUGAAGAAGAAGAAGAAGUAGUAAACGCCGGAAUCUCGAAAUGCAGUGGUAAAGUGGAUGAGGCUGAUGAACAAAAAAAGCACGCAACAGAGGUUUCAAAGAAGAAAACAAAGGAAAAGAAGGUUGGGCGUGCAGUUCGACAAGAUGAGGACGAUGAGAUUGACAAAAUCCUGGCAGAGCUUGGUGAAUGGCCAACAGUAGUAAAGUCUGCUCCUGCCCUUAUGUCUGAAGAAAAGUUGCCCGAGUCAACAGUUGAGUCUGCUGAGGAGAAUAAUAAAACAAAUAAGAACGAUGGGACGAAUGGAAAACUCGGAGAUGGAAAGGAGCAGUCAAGGCAGGUUAAGGAGAUGCAAGAGAGACUUAAAAGAAGGAAGGAAGUUGAAGAAAGGAGGAAGAAGGAUGAAGAGGAAAGGUUAAGGAAAGAAGAGGAAGAACGUCUUAGACUGGAAGAAGUCGAAAGGCUUGAAGAGGAGAAGAAGAGAUUGAAAAAGGAGAGGGAGAAAGAAAAGAUGUUGAGAAAGAAACAGGAAGAGAAAUUGCUUACAGGAAAGCAAAAGGAAGAAGCUCGAAGAUUAGAAGCAAUGAGAAAGCAAUUUCUCACUGGUGGCCGCGUUGAGGUGAGCAGAAAAGAGGCAACCAAACGGCCCAUUUACCAAGCAAAGAAGACAAAGCCACAAGGUCAGACAAAUGGCAAAGCCAAGGAUGAGUCACAAGUGCCAGAAAAUCAGCAGGAGAAUGUCUUUGAGAUUUAUUCCAAGUCAGAAGUAGCUGAUGCUGAUGCUGAAGAAGACGGAAUUGAAGAAGAUGAGGAAUGGGAUGCAAGAAGUUGGGAUGCUGCCAAUCUUAAUAUGCCUGGAAAGAGUGCUUUUGAAGAUGAAGAGAUAGAUCCCCGGCCCAUCAUUACGAAAGAGAUUAAGGCGACAAUGUCAGCUGCUAGUAAUGCAGCUCCAACAAUCCCCGACAAUGCUGAUGGAAGUAAGAAGGGAGAGUCUGAGGUUGGGUACAUCUUUCUAAAUGAGUAUAUCGGCAUUGUCGACACAUCUUUCAGAGUGAAUGUUGAUUACGAAAUCGGAACGGAGCAGGACCCGGACCCGGAAUUAAGUUCCAUAGAAUCCGAAGAAGAAGCAGGGAAGAAUCAAAUGAAGAAAAUGCUACUGUUCAAAGGUAUGUAUCAGGAAGAUAUGUAUGUGUGCAGGGGAGAGAUGUUUAACAUGGAAAGAGACCAGCUGACCAUUGAGAAGAAUCAAGAGUUGCAGAUCAUCUUGCAGCAAUAUAAUGACUUAUCUGAGCCUCCAACUAACUUGCUACCUUUAAGAUCACAUGAUCAUUAG